AGCUUUAAACGUACAUAUAAAACAACUUUUUAUUUUAUUAGUUUUAAAUAUUACGUUUAUUUUAAAGUAAACACUGGAAAUCAACUAGACAUUUAUAGUGAGAGCUAGUGGAACGAUUACUCAAGAACUUAGUUCGAUAACACAGUUUAGUUAUCGAAUCAAAGCGGAACGAUUCGAUGCAAACCCAAUGGUGACCGGCGAAAAUUUGGCUAAAAACUUACAAUAGGAUUUUACGAAUUGAAGGCCCCUAAGAAGUUGUGGAGUUUUAAGGGCUUCAUUGAAAGCGGGAUUGAAGCAUGGACAAGCGCGUCACUGUCCUGAUGCCCAAUGGUCGUCGGCAAAAUGUCAACGUGAAGGCCGACAUGACAUUACUGGAGAUCCUGGAGACGGCAAGUGCAAAGCAUGGCUUCGACAGCGAAGAACAUUGCCUCAAAUUCCACAACAAGGAUGUCAGUCUGACACAGCAAUUCCGUUUUAGCGGUCUGCCCAACAACUGUGUCCUGGAAAUGGAGCCGACGGACAAACGGCGGCCGGUGAGCAACGUUGUCGUAUGCAUUCAGCUGAACGAUGGGUCACGCAAGCAAGGAGAGUUUGUGCCGAGCAAUAACGUCUGGAGUGUGGUGCAGCAGCUUUUCAGUGUGCAAUCAGAGUCUUACGAAAGUCCGGUUAUCAUUUAUAUGCGUAGUGAGGUUAUUGGCGCAGAUAACAUGCGUCAGACCACAUUGAAGUCACUGGGCAUAAUCGAAGGACGCGCCAUGAUGCGAUUAAUCGACAAGAAACCGGAAGACCUUAAAAGGCAAGCUAACGUGUACAAACCGGCCGCGGUGAAACCAAAAUCAAAGGACGACGAGCCCAGCACCUCGCGCUCAGCCAUGGGCGCCUCUGGGACUGGUGGCGGUGGCUUUGCAGUUACCAAUGAUAUGUUGAAAUCGCUCAAGCGCACUGCUCCCGAUGAAAGCUCGUCCACGGCAGCUGAAACUGCAGCUUCUGCCGAAACAAAGGCACAAAAAAGUGAACCCGAGCAACCGAAAUAUGACUGGGGCAGUGGCUCGGGCUAUCAACUACACAAUCGCAAUGACGAGUCGCACUAUACGGAUGAUGUGGAUGAACAUUUCACAAAGAAGGCUCCAGUUGUACAUAUAAUUGGUCCACGAAACGCUAUAGUGUUUUCACUGGAUGCUGCCAACAGACACAACGAUGAUUUGCCCGAUUCGUUCUUCGAUUUGACUGUCAACGAUUUGAAAAUGGUGCUGCGGGAUCUGAAGCGUACAGCCUCUGGCAAUGAGGAUGCGCCUUUGUUAACGUCCAAUCUACGCGAAUUGGAACGCCAAAAGGCGAUGCUGGCAAAGCUGAAUCAAUACAAGGACUGCGUGCUACGCAUUCAAUUCCCCGAUCGCCAUGUGCUCCAGGGCAUCUUUAAGCCACAUGAAACGCUUGAGAAGGUGGCAGAGUUUGUACGCGGAUUUCUGGCGACCCCCAGCGAACAGUUUCAGCUAUUCACCAUACCGCCAAAGAAGAUCUUGCCUUCGAACGAGACUCUGCUUGAGCUCAAUUGUGUGCCGAAUGCCGUAUUGCACUUUCUAUUCGUUCAGGAGAAACUAAAUGCAAAGACUAACAGAUUCCUAGACGAUAAAUUUAUCGCUCAGCUAACCUCGGAAGAGGGUGCUCUCUUUGCAGUGCAAAAGUAUCGCAUCGCCAAGGCCGGCGUCAGCCCUAGUUAGUAGUCGUAUUAAAGCGACUUUAAGCGAACAGUUAACGUGAUAUUAAAUGAAAUUCGCAUUUUUAUUGUAAAGGCGACUAACUGUUGCAGCAUUGCU